UUCAGCAAUACAGUGCAGACUUUGAUCUUAGGUGGGUUCAAGAAUUUCAUUGUCAGAAGGAAAAUCGUUCGGAUGACACGAUACUGUGUGAAUGUUACAGCGUUCUCUCUGAAGUGACUUUGUAUGCUGUAUGAGGACCUGCUGUGAUGUUAGUGUCCAGCCUUGCGCACUGCCUUUCAGUCCUGAUUUUCCAGCUGUGGGGGGUACAAACACUCUCCCCAAUCCCUACCUGUCCAGUCUCCUGCGUAUGUGAAGAGACUUUGCUCGUCAACUGUGCCUCACAGAGCCUACCCAAGGCUCCUUCACAUAUCCCAGCAACAACCACUGCCCUGGAUCUAUCCCAUAAUGCCUUACAUUCUUUGUCUCCUCUUGGGUCAGGCCACAUGCAUUUGCAAGGGCUUCAGCAUUUGCGGGUGGGAAAUAAUUCACUGGAGAGUCUAUCGAUGUGUUCAGGGAUCCAAGGUAUAGCAGGUACUAGGACCCUGACUAGAGGAAAACAGAGAUGCGUGUCCUGGGCACCUCAUCUACAGUCGCUUUCUGCUGACAGGAACCAGCUAAAAUGUCUGCCAAGAGGACUGGGCAAUAUUAAAUCCCUAAAAGUGCUCCAGCUCUCCCACAACAGAAUCUCUGAGAUUGGUCGUGCUGACUUGGCUGGUUGUGCUCACUUGAAUGAGCUUCAUCUUCAGUAUAACCUCAUCAACACCAUUCACCCAGAAGCCUUUAAAGACCUACAGAAACUAAAAGUCCUUGAUGUGAGCUAUAACCUGCUAGCCACCAUACCUGUACCAGCCUACCUGUCUCUACGGAACAUGAACGUGUUGGUAGACAUUUUCGGAAACAGGUGGAGGUGUGACUGUAACUUAAAGACAAUAAGAAGGUGGCUCAGCUUUGACAGCGAACUGGGAAAGCCGGCAUGGGAAGUGGUGUGUUUCUCUCCCUCUCAUCAUGCUGGAAAGAGCCUGCUGUACCUGGAGGAAUCAGAUCUUGCCUGUCUAGAACCUGUUUACAGCACACCUGGUCUCAAAAAAGAGGUGACUGUGGAAGAGGGGAUGGAAUUUAUUCUUUCCUGUAGCGCUGCCAACCAAGAUUUCAUGCACACGUUUUGGUGGACACCCCAGGGUCAAAUCUCGGACAGCCAAAGUUUUCUUCAUAUCAGUAAUGCCACAGAGCGUGAUGCAGGACUUUAUGUCUGUAUCUCAGGAUACCAGGAAGAACAUGUGUCAGUUUUCAGUCUACAUGUUCGUAAAAGAGCCCACGACAAAAGACUGCGUCGAGAAGCACCAAUUGGUUCGGUUGAACUUAAUUCAGAGGAUAAAGACAAUAUUCGGAGGAACGUGCCAUCAGUACGAGCUGUGCAACAAUCUCAUUUUGCAUUAGCUGUCUCUCUUUCUGUUAUCAUUACAUUCAUUGUGGCCUUUGUUCUUGGUGUCGUAUUUAGACCAUUUCUGGACAAAUGCUACAAACAAAUCCAAAAUAAGAGGAAUUCUACUCCAUCGCCGCCAAACUCACCGACUUCCUCGACUGCACAGAGGCCAUAUGUGAAUGAAGGCUAUUCAGAUACAGAUGACCAAGAACAAGAAGUACACGAAGGUCCGCGAGUGACAUUCGGAGGGGUUACGGAAAUACAUGAGAAAGGAGGUGUUCCAUAUUACGUCACUUUAGAAGGCAGUCGAUCAGGGAGCAAUACAGAUGAUACGGUGUUACAUAAGAAUACUGACAGAGUAUUGGUAGAGAAUAUUGAGUUGCAUAAAGAUGUGCCACGAAGAAAGGAAAACAAAGAAAUGACAAGCUCAAUAUCUACUGAGAGCCUCAAUGCAGAAAGUAGCAAAGGAAUGGAGUUUGAAUAUAUCCCAGACCCAGAAGACACAAUAGAAUUAGAGGAUAAGAGUAUUUCACCUGCAUCCUCAAUCUCAGGUGAACAGCAAGAAUCACAGAUGCCUUAUGAGGCAAAAGAGUCAACUGAGCAAAGUGUUGAUUCCCCUACAGUCAGCAAAUAUGAAGAAGAAGAUGAUGAACAAGCCAGCACUGGCCAGAGGACAACAAUACCGGGUUUUGUUACCGACCCAUUUCCAUUGAACAUGUCUGAAUCAAAAGAAGAAAGUGUGGAUGAACUGGACCCAGAUUUAUGGAAUGACAGUGGAGAGAGUUUUUCAUUUACUGAAGGCUCACCGAGAUCAAGUAGUCGUGUUUCAAAUGUUGAUGCUUUUGGUCAUCCAGAUAUUCAAAAAGAAAUGUCUGUAGAUGAACCGCGUGAUAGAUCAAGCUCCUGGAACUCAAGUAAAGGUGAAGAAAGUGAAGGAGGAGACACGGAAUACACAGUCAAUCCAGAGGACGAUGAAGACUUAGAAACACAAAUUUCCUACUCAGAAAAUGAUGACAUGGACUACGAUGAAAACAAACUUUCCAUUUUGGAAGAAGAUAUUCAUAAUGAAAACAAGAAACCAGGCACAGGAGCUCAAUUAAGACAAGACACUAUUACCCUGGACCCAACAGACAUACACCUGACUUAUGCUCGAGGGGACAGUUUUGAUGAUGAGCAGUUUACUGACUACAAAGGACGACAUCCAUCCUCAAAUAGUGAUUACGAAGAUGAACCUACACCAUACCAUGUGCAUCCUGUUUACAGGUCCAGUAUUCAGACCACCACCCCAAUGGAAGAUGUAUCAGGUACCAGUAGGUGUGUUGAAGAAAAUGCACCUAAAUCUCCGCAUCAACAGGAAUCCACAUCUGUAACAGACAGAAUAUCAGAAUCAGACGAGUCCCGUGCGAGUUCAUAUUUUGAUGACAGUAUCUUUGGAAAGAUCGAUCAAGCCUUUGAUCCAAUACCGCAAGUAAAGAGAUAUCUUCAUUUCACACAAAGUCAGUCACAUCCUCCGAUUCAUACUCUGCCUUGUUCCACCGAAGAAGAAGAAAUCAUCCCUAGUGAAGUUGAAAAAACAGAAUCAAAGAAAUUCUAUUCUGAGGAUAAUUUCUUUGCUCAGAGUGAUGCAUCCUUGGCUGAAGCACCCAAAGUAAAACAUUAUGUUCAGUUUUCACCUUCUGAAUCACAAAUAUCAAGUGAUUCAACACCUACAGCAUCAGUUAAGCAAGUCGCUACACCUGUGGUUGUGUCAAAAAGAGAAUCCCCACCUGAUACAAUCAGUAUUUCCUAUGAAGGACAAAGUGUAUCACUAGAGGCAAUGCCAAAGGUACAGAGAUAUGUCCAGUUCAGACAAUCUGAGCCUCAAACUGUGAAUGAGCCCAACAUUACAAACAUUAAGGAAGGAAGUUUCUUUGGGCAAAUACCGAUAUCAUUUGAUGAAGUACCAAAAGUAAAACAUUAUGUUCAGUUUUCACCUUCUGAAUCACAAAUCUCAUCUGAUUCAACAUCAGUCAGCCAAGUGUCUACACCUGUGGUUGUGUCAAAAACAGAAUCCCCACCUGAUACAAUCCAUAUUUCCUAUGAAGGACAAAGUGUAUCACUAGAGGCAAUGCCAAAGGCACAGAGAUAUGUCCAGUUCAGACAAACUGAGCCUCAAACUGUGCAUGAGCCCAACAUUCCAGCCAUUAAGGAAGGAAGUUUCUUUGGGCAAAUACCCAUGUCAUUUGAUGAAGUACCAAAAGUAAAACAUCAUGUUCAGUUUUCACCUUCUGAAUCACAAAUCUCAAGUGAUUCAACACCUACAGCAUCUGUUAACCAAGUCGCUACACCUGUGGUUGUGUCAAAAAGAGAAUCUCCACCUGAUAUAAUCAGUAUUUCCUAUGAAGGACAAAGUAUAUCACUAGAGGCAAUGACAAAGGUACAGAGAUAUGUCCAGUUCAGACAAUCUGAGCCCCAAACUGUGCAUGAGCCCAACAUUACAAACAUUCACAGAGGCAGUUUCUUUGGGCAAAUACCGAUAUCAUUUGAUGAAGUACCAAAUGUAAAACAUUAUGUUCAGUUUUCACCUUCUGAAUCACAAAUCUCAAGUGAUUCAACACCUACAGCAUUGUUCAACCAAGUCGCUACACCUGUGGUUGUGUUAAAAAGAGAAUCCCCAUCUGAUACAAUCAGUAUUUCCUAUGAAGGACAAAGUAUAUCAUUAGAGGCAAUGCCAAAGGCACAGAGAUAUGUCCAGUUCAGACAAUCUGAGCCUCAAACUGUGAAUGAGCCCAACAUUACAAACAUUAAGGAAGGAAGUUUCUUUGGGCAAAUACCGAUAUCAUUUGAUGAAGUACCAAAUGUAAAACAUUAUGUUCAGUUUUCACCUUCUGAAUCACAAAUCUCAAGUGAUUCAACACCUACAGCAUUGUUCAACCAAGUCGCUACACCUGUGGUUGUGUUAAAAAGAGAAUCCCCAUCUGAUACAAUCAGUAUUUCCUAUGAAGGACAAAGUAUAUCAUUAGAGGCAAUGCCAAAGGUACAGAGAUAUGUCCAGUUCAGACAAUCUGAGCCUCAAACUGUGAAUGAGCCCAACAUUACAAACAUUAAGGAAGGAAGUUUCUUUGGGCAAAUACCGAUAUCAUUUGAUGAAGUACCAAAUGUAAAACAUUAUGUUCAGUUUUCACCUUCUGAAUCACAAAUCUCAAGUGAUUCAACACCAACAACAUCAGUCAGCCAAGUGUCUACACCGGUGGUUGUGUCAAAAACAGAAUUCCCACCUGAUACAAUCCAUAUUUCCUAUGAAGGACAAAGUAUAUCACUACCUGAAAUGCCAAAGGCACAGAGAUAUGUCCAGUUCAUUAAAUCUGAGCCCCAAACUGUGAAUGAGCCCAACAUUCCAGCCAUUAAGGAAGGAAGUUUCUUUGGGCAAAUACCCAUGUCAUUUGAUGAAGUACCAGAAGUAAAACAUUAUGUUCAGUUUUCACCUUCUGAAUCACAAAUAUCAAGUGAUUCAACACCUACAGCAUUGUUCAACCAAGUGUCUACACCUGUGGUUGUGUCAAAAACAGAAUCCCCACCUGAUACAAUCAGUAUUUCCUAUGAAGGACAAAGUGUAUCAUUAGAGGCAAUGCCAAAGGUACAGAGAUAUGUCCAGUUCAGACAAUCUGAGCCUCAAACUGUGAAUGAGCCCAACAUGACAAACAUUCACAGAGGCAGUUUCUUUGGGCAAAUACCGAUAUCAUUUGAUGAAGUACCAAAUGUAAAACAUUAUGUUCAGUUUUCACCUUCUGAAUCACAAAUCUCAAGUGAUUCAACACCAAAAACAUCAGUCAGCCAAGUGUCUACACCUGUGGUUGUGUCAAAAACAGAAUCCCCACCUGAUACAAUCCAUAUUUCCUAUGAAGGACAAAGUGUAUCACUACCUGAAAUGCCAAAGGUACAGAGAUAUGUCCAGUUCAGACAAUCUGAGCCUCAAACUGUGAAUGAGCCCAACAUUCCAGCCAUUAGGAAAGGAAGUUUCUUUGGGCAAAUACCGAUAUCAUUUGAUGAAGUACCAGAAGUAAAACAGUAUGUUCAGUUUUCACCUUCUGAAUCACAAAUCUCAAGUGAUUCAACACCUACAGCAUCAGUUAAGCAAGUCGCUACACCUGUGGUUGUGUCAAAAAGAGAAUCUCCACCUGAUACAAUCAGUAUUUCCUAUGAAGGACAAAGUGUAUCACUAGAGGCAAUGACAAAGGUACAGAGAUAUGUCCAGUUCAGACAAUCUGAGCCUCAAACUGUGAAUGAGCCCAACAUUACAAACAUUCACAGAGGCAGUUUCUUUGGGCAAAUACCGAUAUCAUUUGCUGAAGUACCAAAUGUAAAGAGACGCAUUCUGUUCUCACAAUUGGAAUCUCAUUACCAACCUUCCCCAGAAUACCGACCCUCAAAGAAAAGAUAUCCGCCAAGUGAAGAACAAAACACACAUGAAAUAAAAACAACCUUGGUCACCUUGGUUACUAAACCUCCUGAAGAUUUCUUUGUGCAAAUCGGUGCAUUUCUGGAUGGAAUGCCAAAAGUAAAGAGGUACAUGCAGUUCACACAAUCUGAAGUAUUUAAAACUUACAACUUACCAUACUGUCCCUUAAAUUUGGCAGCACCAACCCUACAAGCAGGCACAGAAGUGAAGAAAAAUAAUUCACCAUUUGAAGACGGUGAUCCAGUUGUUGACGAGGACAGUUUCUUCGGACAAUUAGGCGUGUUCUUCGAUGGAAUACCAAAAGUAAGGAGAAGAAUUCAAUUCACAGAACGUUUAUCUCAGCAUCCUGAAUCACAGUCUCCAUCCAAUUAUAUCCAACCAGCUGCUGCUGAACGUAGUUUCUUCGUACCAAUUGGUGCAUCUUCUGAGAUCCCAAAAGUGAGAAGAUACAUUCGGUUCUCACAGAGUUCUUCUCAGCCUUCAUCGCAAUAUUAUGACAGACAAACAGCUAGACCAGUUUUGACUAAACCAGAAUUAAUAUCAUCCACUUCUUCACUUGCUGACAGCAAAACAAACAAGGAAGACAAUUUCUUUAAAAAAAUGGAUGUUAGCGAACUGCCCAAGGUGAACAGAUAUAUUCAGUUCACAAAACAACAUUCAAAGGCUUUAAAGACCUUUAGAGUCACAGAUGAUGUGGUGAAGAAAACAGACUUACGGGGAUUGGAGUUAUCUAGGGUCGAUGUCAAACCUCUUUUAACAGAAGACAGUUUCUUUGCUCAUAUAGGAACAAAUCUUAAUUCACCACCAAGAGUGAAUAGGUACAUUCAGUUUACACAAUCUGAACCUUAUUCCUCACAACAGUCACAAUCUCCAACUGAGAAAAUGACAGAAAAAGAAAGGAAGACGUCAAGUUCCUCAGUCGAUAACGAUGACGCUUUGUUCGAUGGAAUAUUUGAAUCUCUGAAUAAAAUACCGAAGGUAAAGAAAAGUCUUCUGUUUACACAAUCUACGUAUCAGAAGUCAAAUCUGACAGAAGUACCACAAAAAGUCACGCCUCAGUUGGUGACAAAAACAGAAUCUGUUAGAUCCGGUUCUUUACCUGACAACAAAGAAGUCCUUUCAAAAAAGCAAGACAACUUCUUUGGGCAAGUAGGUGUAUCUCUUUAUGAAGUGCCCAAGGUAAAGAAAUAUAUUACAUUUUCACAAUCCAAAGAUUAUCCUCCAAUAGUCACACCGGUGUUGGUAACAAAAACAGAGUGCAAUAGCAUUGAUUCUUCAUUUGAGGAAAAACAAAAAACGGUCAUGAAGGAAGACGCGUUCUCUGGACAAACGGGUAUGCCUUUCGAUGGAGUGCCAAAAGUAAAACGAUACAUUCAGUUCACACAGACUGAACCUCAACCUUCAGCUCAGUCUCUCUUAACAAAAUUACAGACUAGAGGAUCUGAGGAUAAAGUAACUCCAACCAUUAAUGGAGACGACUUCUUCGGUCAAACGGGGUCAUCAUUUGAUGAACUACCGAGGGUGAAAAGACACAUUCGGUUCACACGAGCUGAACCUCGCUUACAACCUUCAAUGUUGCACUCUUUAUCCAACAGGACAGAAAAAUCAAUACAGACUAGCACAGAAUUAAAGAUGAAGGAUUUAGCAUCUGAAGAUUAUGUCGCACCAGCUGCUGGUGAACACAAUUUCUUUGGACCGAUUGGUACGUUUUAUGAGAUCCCAAAAUUGAAAAGAUACACUCGGUUCUCACAGAGUUCUACUCAGCCUUCAUCGCAGCAUUUAAACAGACAAACAGAUAGACCAGUUUUAACAAAACCGGAAUUACGGACGUCACUUGCCGACAGCGAGUCUAACGACGAAGACACUUUAUUUAAGAAAAAGGAUGUUAGUGAACUGCCCAAGGUGAACAGAUAUGUUCAGUUCACACAACAACCUUCAACUCCACGAAAGUCUCUAAACACCCACGGAGUCACAGAUGAGAAAACAGAAUUAUGGGGAUCGGAUUUAUCCAGGGUUGAGAUCACACCUCCUGUAAACGAAGACAGUUUCCUUGGUCACCUACGAACAAAUCUUAAUUCAUUACCAAGAGUGAAUAGAUACAUUCAGUUCACACAAUCUGAACCUCAUCCCUCAUGUCAGUCACAAUCUUCAACUGAGAAAAUGGCUAAAAAUGCUCCUAUAUUUACACAAUCUGAGUAUAAGAACAAAACAGCAGCAAACGAUAAAUCCAGUAAUACUGCAGAUACUGUAUUUGGCUCCUUAGAUUUGUCUUUUAUUCAACUACCAAAAGAAAAAAGGCAUGUUUAUAACAUGCAGUCAGAACCUCAUCGGUCAUCUGAUGGAGGGUUCAAACUUACUACAAAGAAAAAUGAGUAUUUUGGCCAAACAGAUGGUGUACCAAGGCUGAUUAGAUACCGUCAGUUCAGGCAGUCUGAAUCUCUUACCCAGACUUCGUCUCCUUCUAUCUCAUCGCAAAAGUGGAAAACGAUGGAUGGAGAAUCAACAGACUCCAAAAUGUUUAAGACAAAUUUAACAUCAGGAACUGCUAGAGACCUUUCACAAAUUCAAGAUGCGCCAUCAGGAAUGAAAGUAAGAACAGAAACUGGUAGAUUACACCAACUUCCGGAGCCAAAGAGGUCUCUGUAUUCAUCAACCCCAGAUGUUUAUGAGCAGCCAGAUCAUGUAUCGAUUGAAGAAGAAGAAGAAGAAGAAGACGAAGAGGUUUUCAGACACACAAGUUCAAAUUCUUUACCUGGUGACACAAAAUAUGUAAACACACCCGGAUCAAGCGACAGGACGGCGUCAUCGACAACGGAGUCUAGGACCAUAUUGGAAUCAAAGUUGUCCAGUUUGCAUGCCUCCUCCAAUGAAAGUGCUGGUUUGCCAACAAGAAAGUUAGUUAUAGACCCAGCACUUCAGGAUGUUCGCCAAUCCAUCCCUGAUGAACCUGGAGCUUCUCCAGGAAAAGACGAAGCGAGAGAGUAUCUGAGGGACAGCUCUCUGGCCCGUCAAAGACAGGAAAGGAGAAGAUUGUUGUUUCGGCAGAAGAGAAGAGCAAUGGAUGGGUUCAGUCUUUCCUCUGAGUCUUUCAACUCUCAGGAAAGUGAUUAAUAAGAAAUCUCGUCAGUUAAUUGUGGAGGACGACCCCAUUUCUACUGAACACUGCAAACUUUAAGGACGUACAUGUUGACAGGAAUGUGUCAUCCCUCAGAUCCAAGUCAUGUGUGUGCUCUGGGAUCGAUGCGGUUCAAGGUGACCUAUGAUGGAUCCUUAUUAAUAUUUCCUAAAUUAUUUAACAAGACUUAACUUUAUCCAUUAACGUGUGUUUAAAUAAAUCACAACAGACUACUGAUUUUUAGAAACAACCCUAAAAUCAGUCCAAGUUGAUAUUUAGCAACUUUCAUUUAAUUCUAGCGAUACACUAAAUAUUCAAAACAUACAUACUGAUCGCAAAGAACCCUCACCAUUUUAUAAAUUAAUUCAACCAUUUCUCUUAUUUCCCUCGUUGUUUCUUUUUAUUUUUGAAUAUUGUUCACAAAAGCAUAUUAUAAAACAAAUACGAAGGAAUGUUUGUAAAGAAUAAAUGUCUAUAGCACCGUGAUUCAAAAUGAAACUCUGAGCACACCUGGGAAA